UGCACAUUACUAUGCCUACAUGCUAUAUGUCAGUGUAUGUGGGCACCCCUUCUAACUAAUGGAGUCCUGUUGUUCCAGCAAUUUCUAUUACUAACAAAUGUGGGUAGCACUGUCUCCUCACAGCAUGAAUGUCCUAAGGUCGAUCCCCAGGUGGGGCAGUCCGGGUCCUUUCUGUGUGGAGUUUGCAUGUUCUCCUCGUGUCCGCUUGGGUUUCCUCUAGAGCUCCGGUUUCCUCCCACAGUCCAAAGACAUGCAAGUGAGGUUAAAAAGUGUUGGGUAGGAGUGGAGUUAAAACUUCUGGACCAGGGACCUGGAGUUGUUUGUCUAUAAGGUUUUUCAGCCAUCUUUUCCUCUAUGGAGAAAAAGGAGAAAAGGCCCAGCUAUUUCUCCAGGCUGAGGAAGAGACGGCAGCUAAAACAGAGCCAAUCGGAGAAGGCUGAGGCUGAGGAGAACCAGACAAACCCAGACUUAAAGGGAUCAAUCAUCUGUGAGCCCGUCCCUACAGCACAGCUCCAGAAGAACCUAGAGGGAGAAAGGCCCAGUAGAACUGCGAGAUCUCUUAGUGGAGAAUCAGUGGACAACAGUAAAUCCAAUGGACAGACCAAGAAGGAGAAAAGAAAGCCUCCAGGCACUGUAGAGUACACAGUGGGCUCGAAAGACACAUUGAACUGCAUUGCACUGAAGUUCAACAUCACCCCAAAUAAACUCGUGCAGCUGAAUUGUCUCUUUUCUCACAGUGUGUUUCCAGGACAGAAGCUUUUCGUUCCUGAUAUGGGCCAGUCUGAAACGACCUCCUCAGCCAAAGACUCAGUUAACACCAAGACACCAGAAACCAGGUCACAGCAUGACCGAUCAAGCUGGAGAGCCCGGCACAGGGAAUUGUCUCCAUCAUCCGAAGACGAAAGUCCAGUCAAAUUCCUCAAAAUGAGCUGCAAGUACUUUACUGAUGGCAUGGGAGUUGUGGGGGGUGUAAUGAUUGUGACACCCAAUAACAUAAUGUUUGACCCACACAAGUCGGAUCCUCUAGUUAUCGAACAUGGCUGCGAGGAGUACGGCCUUAUUUGCCCCAUGGAAGAGGUGCUGUCCGUUGCUCUGUAUGAUGACGUGUCCCGUAUGAAGCUCAAGGAUGCUUUGCCAUCCGACAUACCUCAGGAUCUGUGUCCGUUAUACAGGCCGGGUGAGUGGGUGGAACUUCCAUCCGAACAGGACCUGAACCCUUUCAGCCGCUACGAGGCCCUCAGCCCACCCCGUCGUCCGAUAAUUUUGGACGACAUAGGGACUGCGAUUUCGGAGGUGGCGGAGUGCCACCCCGCAGACAAAUCGCCAUCCGACGAAGGCUUCACUGAGCUCGAGCUGUUGCAGAAUUACUCUGGAACUGAGAACGGAAGUCCAGAGACUUCUCACAGCAGACCUGAGACCGCCGACACUACAUGCCUUAGCCUGGAGGGGGCGUCUUUACCGGACCUGAGCGGCUCUGAGAAGUCAAAAACAAGUAUGCUGCUCUGUUCAGACCACACAGUGGAAGCAGUACGGUUAAAGGAUGCAGACCAAGAAAAAGAGCAGGAUGAAAGACCUCAUGAUGGUUCUACAGAUGUAGAGGCGGUCAUAGGCAUGGACAAAUCCAGCUCAAUGCAUGUUGGAGUAGAACCUAGUAACACAGAACACGAGGUUACCACAUCGCAUGAGCUGAAAGAUAUAGAGGCCUUGAAUAAGGCUGAGACUGUUAGUACUGACGCUUCUGAAACGGAAGCAGCAACUGGAGACCAAAAAGGAGUUAAAAGCUCCGAUGGUGUUACCACUGACUUUGAAAAAUGUUCUGAACCAAGCCAUCAAGAGGACACGAAGGCGCAAAAGAGACCAAAUUCAGGUGACAGACUUGCCAAGGUGGAGGAUGAACAAACCAGUGAAACUGAGAUGAAAUCAUGGCUGCUAAAAAGGAUGCAGGGACCAAUUGAAGAUAUGUUGCUCUCUACGGAGGAGAAGAGCAAGAAACCUCCUAUGUUCCUUUGCUUCAAAGUGGGAAGGCCUAUGAGGAAAUCAUUUGUCAUAAGUAGAACUUCUAGCCCCGCACACUCGAUUGGGGGCAGAGGAAAGCAACUAGAGUACUGGUUUGCGGUGCCACAGGAGAGGGUGGACCAACUCUACUCGUUCUUCAUCCAGUGGUCUCCUGAUGCCUAUGGAAAAGAUGCACAGGAGCAGGGCUUUGUAGUCGUAGAGAAGGACGAGCUGAACAUGAUCGAUAACUUCUUCAGUGACCCAGUGCCUCGAAACUGGGAGAUCAUUACCACAAAUAAAGUGAGAAGAAGUUUUGGUAGCUUCGAGGAUGAGGAACCAUUGGACAUGCUGUCACUUCUAUUGGACCCCAGUACACUACUCGAGGACACUCAUGUUGAAAAGCUGGCUGCUCGGCUUCCAGCACGGGUUCAGGGAUAUCCAUGGAGACUGGCCUACAGUACAGUUGUACAUGGGACCAGCCUGAAGACUCUAUACAGAAACCUGAUGGAUUUGGACUGCCCUGUGCUGCUGGUAAUCAAAGACAUGGACAACCAGGUUUUUGGAGCUUUUUCCACUCACCCAUUCAAAGUGACCGAGCAUUAUUAUGGCACUGGGGAGUCCUUCCUCUACACUUUCAGCCCUGAAAUUAAGGUGUUUCGCUGGACUGGUGAAAACUCUUACUUUGUCAAAGGGAACUUGGAUUCUCUGCAGAUUGGAGGUGGGGGUGGUCACUUUGGUCUGUGGCUGGAUGCUGACCUGUUUCAUGGAACCACGUCCGAAUGCACCACCUUCAACAACCAAUCACUGUCAUCACAAGAAGAUUUUACUGUGCAAAACCUGGAGGUUUGGGCCUUUGAAUAAAGUCUGCAUUCAACAAACACGACCAUGCACACUGAUAUGCAUUUUAUGACCAAUAUAUAAACACAUAUGUAUACCUCAUGGCAUGUAAUAUAACAUGUUUGAGAGUGUGAGAGAGAGAGAGAUGACUAUGCCCAGUGACUAUUUAAAUAUUGGUGGUAUCUGGAGAUCCAUAUAAGCAGUACGACUAAAACUGUGCUUAAUCCUGUUAUCUAGGCUUGUUUCAAUUUGCUGAGAAGGAGACUAGCAGGUUGUGUCCGUGACUCAGUUAGACUAUAUGGGCACCACUAACACGUAUUCCAGCAUGCAAUAGUGUACACAGGCUCUGCCCAAAUAUAGGCACUGUUUAUGUGGCUUGGCAAUGUUUUAUAUGUAAAUUUUGUGUAAUUCUCUGGGUCUGCUUAGCAAUGGCGGUGCUGUUCUUCACAGAAUUGAGUUAAGACUGGUGGGAUUGGAAGUGUUUACUGGAACUUGUUUAAAGAGCAAGUGGUUUGACUUAUACCGAUGCCAUCUGUGUCAAACAUUCCACUUUAUAAAACAAUCUAGAUUUGUCUGACCAAAGCUUUUUAUUUACACAAACUUCAUGUAAAUUAAUUUUAUAUUGUGUCGGUGUGUUUGUGUUUGCAAAGCAAUUUUUUUUUAAUGAAUGUGAAAAUUUUGUUCACCUUAUUUUUGUGCAUUAUUGUGGUUUAUUUUAUUUUGACCUUAUUUGGUCAGCACUAAGCUGGGAAGUGAAGGCAUUCGGCAGUAGAAAUAUCAGUAUUAGAAGUGUGUCACCAUUGGCAUUACCCGUUGUGUUCAACUGUGCAUGUGUUAGCAAUCUCCUGUCAGGAUUCUUACACAAAUGUCAUUCACGAUGAUCAACAAGGUCCAAUAACUAUGGAAGUGGUAGUUAGAUCAGUGCUUAAUAGUGAGAUGUCAUUUGUACAUUCUACUGAAUUGGAGAUCUCUUUGGUCAAAUAUUUUAUUACAAGCUGCUUGCAUUCUAGAAGAACAUUUCUAGUACGUAUCUGUAUCCACAUAUGAACUUAUCUUAUAAUUCCCAGUGAGAAGCCAGUCAAGUUCUCCUUACAUUAUGGAACAGUAAAACGCUUCACCAUGCUUUUCAGGCAAUUAUGCUUACAUACACGUGUGUUUUGAGGCAUCUCUAAAAAGGGAACACCAAAGAAAUGGGUUUAUUUGUCGGUUGUUGCUAUUUAACAGUGUGAGCUUCAGGUAAAAGCUUAGCCUACAUAAAAAAUUCAUUUAAUAUUCUAAACCUACUUAGAUGACACUAAUUCAGUAAUGUCUUGAUUAAAACUUACUGCAGCUUUAAAAGAGAAAUGUGAAAGUCUGAUACGAGGCUGUUGAUGAUUGCUGCUUCUUGCUAUGUCUCUGGUUUAAAACAGAAGAGCUACCUGCUACAUGCGUAUUAUAUUAUUAGUACUAGUAACUGUACACGAUUGCAACAGAAAGUGAACACUUUAAUCAUGGAGGGUGCUGUGGGCGUUGUCACUUGGUUUUGUGACGUUUGUAAAACAGGGAUGAACACAUUUAGGCAUGGAUUAUAAAGGGAAGAAUGUUUGUCACUUGGUUGUCACUACACUUACUUAACCUACAAUCAAAUUGCUUGCAUCACUUGCUGUGCUAACCUCCCUUAACUAACCUUCAGUUUUCCCAUUGUGUGAUUGUGAUAGGAAACGAACAGUAAUUUCUUCACUUUGGGACAGUAGUGUGCACUAGCGUCCUGCUGCUUUACAUGUUUCCAUUCCCAAUGUCAAAAGGAAAAAAUAUCUAACUACAUUAAUGGUCUGCUUUUCACUUUAAAUGUUCUAAUGUAUUUCUGUUCCAGUAAAUGUCCAGUUCUGUGUAAUUACAGCCAUUGAAUGUUCUAUUUAUUGUUGCCAUGUUGAAAUAAAUAAAAAAUUAAAGAGCAUAAA